CUCCCUUCGUUUCAGCGGACUGGUUCUCGUUCUUCAAGAUCUUUAGCCCUUACUGCUAUCUCCUUAGGGUUUCUACAACUCUCUCUCUAUUUCCGUGGCUGUGCUGAAGCCGUCAGCAAGGCUGAAGUGACAACCCGAGAAACAUACCUGAGAUGGGGAUCUCGUUCAAGGUAGCAAAGACUGGUACCCGAUUUCGUCCCAAACCUCCUCAUUCCGAGAUUUUUCUUGGCGACGGUAGCGAUAAUUCGAAGGAAAGUUCCCGGGCUCUCGUCGGUAAUGAAUCGAAUUCGACUACCAAUCGGAAGCCAGAGGCUGACACCAUUGAAGCGGCUGAGGAAGAUGUUGGUAUAUCUGGUUCAUCCAUGUGUUCCAGAGGAGAUCUAAGUUCUUCAGGGGAAGAAGUAUCCUUCACAUUGAAUCUCUACCCAGAUGGAUAUUCUAUUGCCAAACCGUCAGAAAAGGGGACAAUGCAUCCAGCUUCACUUCAAGAUAUUUCCAAGUUGUUGCAUCCAUAUGACAGGACAUCCGAGUCUCUCUUCUCUGCAAUUGAGUCGGGUCAAUUGCCUGGUGAUAUUCUGGAUGACAUACCGAGCAAGUAUUUUGAUGGGACACUUGUUUGUGAGGUACGGGACUAUCGAAAGUGUGCAUCUGAGCCGGGAAGUAUUGUUUCUUCUGUUGAUAGAUCCCCCAUUGUUAAUAAAGUACGCCUUAGGAUGUCUUUGGAGAAUGUUGUGAAGGAUAUUCCCUUGAUCUCAGAUGAUUCUUGGACAUAUAGUGAUCUGAUGGAGGUAGAGUCUCGGAUAUUGAAAGCUCUGCAGCCGCAACUUCGUCUAGAUCCUACACCGAUGUUAGAUAGACUUUGUGUUAACCCAGUUCCAAGUAAGCUCAAUUUGGGUUUGUCUGGUGCACGAAAGAGGAGAUUGAGGCAGAUGCCAGAUGUGACUGUUUUAUCAAAUAAUCAAACCCAUGGGAAAAAAGUCUGCAUUGAUAGGGUGCCCGAAAGCUCAAAUUUCAGGUCUAGAGACUCUGAACCUGCAACAAAUGAUGGAAACUCACAGCAAAUCAAUGAGAGUAUCACUGCCCAAAAUAUUGUUUCAAGCAGUGCAUUAGGCUUCAGAUAUAAAAGCUUUGGAGCUGAGGCUUCUGCACCAGUAUCACCUUUGGUAUCCCAUCAGGCCAAAUAUCAAUUGGGGAUUGGGUACCCUAGAACCAUGCAAGAUUGUGGGGCAGGGACAAUUAUGAGUUCAUCAGGUGCAUCACCUACUGGGCAGGACUUGAUGAUUCCGUACACUGAUUCUAUGAACUCUGGUAUCUCAUCUUUUCAUGGAAAGAGGGAAAACGAAAAUGCCCAACUGACGUCCUUGUCCAAUGUCAAUAAGAGAGCUAGGCAAACACCAGUUGUUCCUGAAGGCAUUCAGCAGCAGCAAUUGGGUCAACAGUUUGAUAGCCUCCAUGGAACAGAUAUACACUGGAAGAGUACAUUGUUGCAGCAACAAUCAGAGGCACGAGGUAUCCAGUAUGCCAGUACUGGGGCUCAAAAAUAUCCCGCUCCGGUGCUUGAUGGAGUUCCAAAUCAUGAGGCCAUGGUAUCACCAUUCUAUUUGGAGCAGCCGGGAAUGAGAUUUGGUGUCAAAGAAGAGCGGAUUGAGACGGAUAAAUUGCACAAGCCUGAGCUUGAUCGGAAUAAAAAUGACUCCUACCUGGUGGAAACAGAGACUAACCAACUGGAUGCACAGCAGUUGCGACUUCAACAAAGGCUCCCACAACAUCCCUUUAUGAGGUCCCACUUCCCUCAGGGUCAAUGGCAUAAUCAGCUCAUUGAGAAAGAUUCAAGAAAGGAAGACCAACUUCAGAAAAGGAAAACAGUACAAAGUCCUAGGGUUUCUGGAGGACCUCUGGUUCAAUCUCCAGCAUCCUCUAAGUCGGGAGAAUUUUCAAGUGGUUCCUUAGGACCCCAAUUUGGCGCAGCUGCCACAACUGCUGCUGUUGGAUCACUAACAAAGGAGAAAACGACUGCCAUUUCAGGUGUCACAGUUGGGGGAGCUCCAUCUGCUACAUCAAGUCCAAAUGAUCCCAUGCAACAGCAACACCAGGCACCUGUGAAGCGAAAAUCAAAUUCGCUACCCAAAACACCAGCCAUGAGUGGGGUUGCGUCUCCUGCUAGUGUGAGUAAUAUUAGUGUUCCAUUGAAUGAGAAGAGUCCUUCAGUUGGAACCCCACCUUUGGUUCAAGUUAUCGAGAGGUUCUCAAAGAUUGAAGCUGUGACUAUGAGGCAUCAACUUGGUUGCAAAAAGAAUAAGGUGGAUGACCACCCUGCAGUAAAGAAACCCAUGGUGUAUUCAACUCAGCAGCUUUCAUUUUCUCUUUCCAAUGUAAAUAAUGAGGAUCUCAAGGAUGCAGCAUGUGAGAGACCAUUGUCAAAGUCAUUUAUAGGUGGGAGCAUGAAUAUCUGCAAAACACGAGUCCUAACUUUCUUGCAGACAGAGCAUAGAUUUCAAGGAAAUGUUGUUCAUAAGGCACGGAGCAGAUUAAUCAUGUCAGAGAAGCCUAAUGGUGGUACAGUAGCAAUGUAUCAUGGAGAUAUAGAUGAUGCUGAUCUUCAGGCUGCUGAGGAUUAUCUGCCUACCUUGCCAAAUACCCAUUAUGCAGAUUUGCUUGCUUCACAAUUUUGUUUGCUGAUGACUCGUGAUGGGUAUCAACUCGCUGAAGAUCAACUCCGACCAAAACCAACUCACAUGAUUGCUGCCCCCAAUGGUCAAUCUACUGCUAAUGGAAAUCCUGAUGGUGCAGCUGCUGAGAUUCAGCAAUAUGCAGAACAAGUUUCAGGUCAGCCAUCCAAUGCAAUGGGCACACCAACAAAUAGUGGGACUGGCUCUUUGAACUCUUCUCAGAAUCUUGUAGCCAGUACACGGAUGAUUCCACCUGGAAACAAUCAAGCCUUACAGUUCUCUCAGGGAUUCUUGCCAGGGGUUGCAGUGCCUGCCAGGCCUCAGCAGUUGGAUCCGCAACAGCCGCUUCAACAGCAGAAUAAUCAGCACUCCCUCAUGCAACAACAGCAUGCUCAAUUCCAGAGAUCAACGUUGAUGCUUCCAACAAAUCCUCUCUCUCACCUUAAUGCAAUUAGGCAGAAUUCAAACAUGCAGAUGCCAAACCAAAUGGUUAACAAGUCUUCCCAUUUCCCACUUCAGUUGUUACAGCAGCAGCAGCAACAACAGCUGCAGCAACAGUCGCAGCAGCAGCUGCAGCAACAGGCACAGCAGCCGCAGCCACAAAUGCCGAGAAAAAUGAUAAUGGGACUGGGCACAGCUAUGGGUAUGGGGAACAUGGGGAAUAACAUGGGUAACCUUGGAGGCCUAGCCAAUGUCAUGGGCAUGGGCAGUGUUAGGGGAAUGGGUGGUGCUGCUAUUUCAUCUCCAAUGGGUGCCAUGUCUAGCAUGGGUAACAUGGGUCAAAAUCCAAUAAGUCCGACCCAGGCUUCCAAUAUUAGCAAUGUUAUACAGCAGCAACUCCGUUCUGGUAAUCUGUCUCAGGUUCAAGCUGCCGCCAUGCAAUCAAAGCUUAGGAUGGGACAGAGCAGAGCAGGCAUGUUGGGGGGAGGCCCUCAGGCAGGCAUUACCGGGAUUCCUGGAACUGGGCAAAUGCAUCCUGGCUCUGCUGGUCUUUCAAUGCUAGGACAGACACGGAACCGAGCCAGUAUGAGCUCUUUGCAGCGUAACGCAAUGGCAUCGAUGGGGCCACCUAAGAUGAUUUCUGGACCGAAUUUCUAUGUGAACCAGCAACAGCAGCAACAACAACAAUUACAGUUGCAGCAACAACAAAUACAACAUCAGUUACAGCAGCAGCAGCAAAUUAGUUCUUCACUUCAAGCAGUUGUUUCACCUCCGCAGGUGGGUUCUCCAGUAGCAAUGGCAAUUCAACAACAGAUGAAUCAAUCACCACAACAAAUGAACCAACAAACUCCAAUGAGCCCACAACAGUUGAGCUCAGGAGCACUGCAGCCAAUAAGUGCUGGCAAUGCAGGGGCUGGUCCGGCGAGCCCACAGUUGAGUUCUCAGACUCUUGGUUCAGUUAGUAGCAUUACAAGCUCUCCUAUGGAACUGCAAGGUGUGAAUAAGAGCAAUUCUGUUGGUAACUUAUAGACAGUCCAAAAGAUUGAAGCGAAAAGUCUUGUAGGCUGGACUGUAUUUCUCUUUGGUGACCUCUGCAUUAGGUACUUUCAAUGGUUGAACGGAAACUCGAGAGGCAGCAAGUAUUGUGUGGGACUCAGUAACCCUCUGCCUUCAUGUUGAUAGAAUGUUUUCAUUGUUCCUCUCUGUUCUGAUCCAAUGUAAAGAUAUCCUGGGCACUACUAGGAGUGGCAGAUAUAAAGCUAAGCUGCAGACCAAGUUGUGGGUACAUUAUGUUUAUCUGUAUAGAAGACAGUAGAGAGAUUUAGUUGUGAAAUAGAGCUCUUUAUAUAACCAUUG